AUGUCAAUGGCUGCAAUUGGAAUUGCUCUAUACAAAUACGUUAUGAAAUACUCACCCACGAAUCCCAAGUACAUUAACAGAGAUCGACUAGUCCUUUCAAACGGCCACACAUGUGUGUGGCAAUACAUCUUCAUGCACUGGACUGGCUUCCCGGCAAUGACUUUUAAGCAAUUGAAAUCUUACCACUCCCCUCAACAAGAUUCUAUAUGCCCUAGCCACCCUCAGAUCCAACACGAUAGUGUUGAGGUAACAACUGGACCUUUAGGUCAGGGUGUCGCAAAUGCUAUUGGGCUUGCGGUAGCAACCAAACACCUUAAUGCAUUGUAUAGCAGACUGGACCUUGACCUGCCUGAUAAUAUGACAUGGUGCAUCAUUGGUGAUGCCGACUUACAAGAAGGGUUUGCGCUCGAGGCUAUUCAGCUUGCUGGUCAUUGGAGGCUCAAUAAUCUAGCUGUUGUCUACGACAAUAACCAAGUCACUUAUGGAUGCAGUGUCGACGUUACGUGCGGCGAGGACAUCAACGCGAAGAUGAGUGCCUGUGGGUGGAACGUAAUAGAUGUCUUUGACGGUGUUUCGAACGUUACAGCCCUUGUACAAGCUCUAACAGAUGCCCAGAAUAGUCGAGAACAGCCAACAUUUAUAAAUGUUCGAACGAUCAUAGGCUUCGGAAGCGCCAAAGAGGGCGAUUCUAGCGCUCACGGAGGGUCACUCGGAGAAUAA